UUAUAAAAUGUCAAAUGUCACGUUCUGUCAUUGUGAAAAUAUGUAAAAGUUUUGUAAUUUGUUAUGCGAGUUUCACUCUAACUUAUUAAGAUAAAUUAUUAUUAAUUCCUUCCGAAGGUGUUUGAAAAUGGCAGUUACAUUAAGAUACUUUCAUAAGAUUUCAGGAUAUUUAAGUAUUACAAAACCGUUUCCUCACAUUCAGCAAAAGUUUCUGACUAACCAAUGCGAACAGUAUUCAAGAACAACAAUUCAACCUCAAUAUAAGCCUCUACAAGUCACACAUACAGAUUCAGGAGAACAUAAAGAAUGGAUAGACAAUAGGGAGUUGGUGACAGAUAUUGUAACAAAAUCUUUUGUGUAUCGGCCAUUAUAUUUUGAGAAAUCGUCCUUUGAUUCAACUUGCUUAAAAUGUACAGAGCAAAGCACAAAUACUAUUAAAGCCAGUGCACCUACAGACUCUACUCCUCAGGGUAGGCCUGCUCCAGAAAAAUUAGAAAAAGUUUACCAAGUAUUAGCAAAAAAUUUACCUAACCUCUUUGUCGAAACUUUGGACUACAAUAUCUAUGAUAAAAACAUAAUUUUUGAAGAUCACAUAAGAAACAUUAGGACGGAAGGUUUAAUGAAUUAUGUUAGACAAGUAGCUUUGCUUAGACUGAUAGGACACAUUAGGUUUGCUUAUGUUAAAUUUGAGAUAUUAAAAAUCACUCAGCAUCCUGAAGAUGGGACUGUUAAAGUUAGAUGGAGAAUAAAAGGAUUAUCUGCGUUUCAAGUAAUGUUCCAGUUUUGGAAAUAUAAGGUGUGGGAAUACAAGAAUAUUUUAAAUCGAACUGAGAACUGGUAUGAUGGAUUUUCAACUUUUUAUGUAAAUGCUGAUGGUUUGGUUGUAAAACAUGUGGCCGAUAAAAUGAUGCCUGACUCAGAUUCAAUCACAUCUACCACUCCACCUUCAGGAUUAGGUGCGGCAAAAUUAGCUUGUGUUUUAGGUAUUAUUCCACAAUAUCCAGGAAUGAGUUUCUUUAUGUGAGAUUUCCAUACUAUUACAAGGCAUUUCGAUAUUUUUUAUUGAGUCAGUUUCUUCAAAAAUCAAGCGGCAAAAGUAUCAUAUGAACAGGGUAUAGAAAAUACUGAUUUUAUAGUCAGUAAUAAAUAUAUUCGUUUUUUGCUGAUCAUUUUUGAAGAAUCUACAGUUGUAUGUGAGUAGGUAAUUAUUGUAAAGCUGUUUUUCAAAGAAAAAUGUGAUUAUAUAAUUUAUUUUAUGUGUAAAACAGAUUUAAGACCCUUGUAAAUGUUUAAUAAAACAAUGCUCGUUA